AUGCAAAAGACGAACCUCACCUCUGCUCCCAAAUGCCAACCUGCGGAGGCGCAGCGUCUCCGCAUGCUGACCACAGCCACCCUGUCUGUGUCCUUCGGGGUCGGCGUGGUGGACAAGGGGCUGGCGCUCCGGAUGCUGACUGCCUUCCGCUUGUCCCACAUUGCCACUACCACGUGGUUCUUCCACUUGGCCCUCGCCGACUUUGCAGUCCUGGUGUCCCUGCUUGUCUCCAUCUAGAGCCUGGCCAGCGACCAGUGGCCUCUUGAGGACUUAGCCUGCAAGCUGUACAUGCCCUUCACCUUCUUCACCAGCAUCUGCCUCCUCAUCCUCAUCUCUGCGGACUGUUGUACACCCGUCCUGUACCCGAGCUGGGUCCGACGCCCCCGCACCGUGCAGCGAGCGAGCUGGCUGGCUGUCUGGGCGUGGCUCCUGGCUGCCAGCGUUUCCUCUCCGGAUUCCAGGCCACUGAGGAACCGCAGGGGUAGGUUGCUGCUGGUGUUGGUGAGCGCCUUCUUCACCUUGCAGUUCCUGUUUAACGUGGCACUCUUGGUCCACUUGGGGAUGUGGAACCCUCAUGACCCCAAAAUGCUGCUUGUCCUCUGGGCUACCUUCUCCUUAGGCUGCCUCUACAGCUACCUCAACCCUUUCUUCUAUGGCCUCCUCUACGUCUUUGUUGGCAGAGAUUUCCAAAAAAAGUUUUUCCAGUCCCUGCCUUCUGCCCUGGCUGGGGCAUUUGGUGGGGAGGGGUUUCUCAUUCACUUUGCUCCCAAGGAGAAGUGUCCAGGGGAUGAUGGAGACAUUCAGGUGGAAGCGGAAAAUCCUCCUGCGUAG